AGUUUUCUUAUGUUUAUUAAGCUACUUUACUAUCAAAGUGAGUCAGAGUCAUCGAGAUUGAAAUAAUACUGUCAUCGUGCAAGUAACUCAUUUUAAUUCUGUUUAGUAAACGCUACAAAAAAUCCUACAGCAUAUAUGGAUGACGUGCUAUUUCAAUUGAAGUUUACGGCUAAACAGUUGGAUCGACUGUCCCGUAAAGCGGAGAAAGAACAAAAAUCUGAGCAAGCUAAAGUCAAAAAGUAUAUAGCCGCAAAGGAUUUAGAACGAGCAAAAAUAUAUGCAGAAAAUGCCAUCCGCAAGAAGAAUGAAAGUUUAAAUUAUCUUCGUUAUUCGGCUAAAGUUGAUGGCGUAGCCUCCAGAGUAAAACAGGGAUUAGCUAUGAAGGAUAUAGCUAAAAAAAUAGGUGGUGUAACAAAAGCUCUUGAUCGGGCUAUGGCCAGUAUGGAUUUGACGAAAAUAUCUUCUAUUAUGGAAAAGUUUGAAUCUCAAUUUGAAGAUUUAGACGUUAGAACGAAUGUUGUGGAAGGAGCAAUGGGUGAAGCAACUACGCUGUCGACUCCAAUGGAAUCUGUUGAAGCUUUAAUUAAGCAAGUUGCAGAUGAGAACGAUCUAGAAUUGACAGGUCAAAUGCAUCAAGCACCGUCAGCAACUGUAACCAAUCCUGGAGAAUCGGUUGGCUCUAAAAAUGCUGAGGAUGCUUUAUCUAGACGAUUGCAAGCACUAAGAAAUUGA